AUGGUGGAACGCGUUGAGCGUGGGAGUGGCGUUCCCCGGAGUGGAGUGGAGGUGCGCUUUGAGUGGGUGAGCGCGUCCGCCAAGGUGCGAGUGGGGAAGAGGGGCCUGCCCACGCUGCCCAACCAGCUCUCGAAUUCUGUCGGCGCGGUGCUGAGGGAACUGCGGCUACUCAAGGACCAGCGCCGCCUCUUCUUCGCUCUUGACGGCUGCUCUGGCAUCCUCAAGCCUGGCAGGAUGACGCUGCUGCUGGGGCCGCCAGGCAGCAGCAAGUCAACGCUUCUGAGGAUCCUGGCAGGGAAGGCGGAGAGGGAGCUGGGCGUGCAGGGCGAGGUGACGUACAACGGCCGCCCGGGCAGCCAGUUUGUGCUGCCGCGCUCCGUGGCGUUUGUGCCUCAGACGGACUCCCACAUCGGCGAGAUGACUGUCCGCGAGACCCUCGAGUUCUCCGCUCGCCUGCAGGGGCCCGGCCACCGGGCAGAACCCCCAUGCCCUCCUUUUCUUCCACCCUCCCUCCCUCCCUCCCUCCCUCCCUCACUCACUCCCUCCCUCCCUCCCUCCCUGCCUCCCUCUCUUGCUUCCUCCGCCCCUCCCCCUUGCUCUCCUUCCCUCCUUCCCUGGUGGUACUAUGCAGCUUAA